AAUUUCGCGUAUAUAAGACAGCGAGAAAAAUUAAGAAGCAUCAGUUUUCGGGGAGAGGAAUCACAAGUAAGAAGUAUUACGAUACAAUAUACCGAAGAUGAAAUUUGCAUUGGCACUGUUGGCCCUUGUGGCUGCGGCUUCCGCCAAGAUCGAGAUCCCCAAUUUCGGCAGAGGCGAACUCCACAAGGAUAUCCAGGAGUUCUUAGACAUGCUGCCUCAGGAGGAAAUAUUCGCAAUCACCCUUGAAUACUUUUCUGAAGACAAGGAAUUCCAGGCGAUGGUCGAGUACUUACUAUCCGACGAAUUCAGAGAUCUGGUGAAGGAAGUCGAAGCUCUGCCCGAGAUUAAAGUUUUAAUGGAUUACAUUCAUGAAGCCGGCAUUGACAUUUACACGAUCGUAAACCUAUUAAACGAAAUGAUUGGACUCGACCCGCUCACACCGCCCAGCAGCUUCUUUGCCGUCCGCAAACAAAUCACUGGUGGAAUCCGUGGAUAUGUCGAUGAUAUCAUGGCCAUCUUGCCUUUGGAAGAACUUAACGAUCUUUACGAAAAGAAAUUGAAAGAGUCCAAGGCCUUUGCCGAUUUUAUUGCUCAAAUAGAGUCCGAGAAUUUCCAGGAAAUCGUCAACAAAGUUUACGCCAACCCCAAAACCCAGGAGCUCCUGAAACACGCCGAAGCGGCCGGCAUUGAUCUAGAACUCAUCAAAGAGUUGCUGAAGGUUCUCUGGGGCAUCAAAAUUCCUCCCCGUCCUCGUUUUUACAUCAGACAUUAGAUGGACAACAAUACUAUUGUGAAAACUGAAUUCCUUUCUAUUGCCAAAAUAUGUUUAUUAACGUUUUCUAAAGAACAUGUCACGUCGUAAAUGUUACGAACCACAUAUAUCGACCAUACAAUCGUAUACUUCACUUGUGCAACAUAAAUAAAUAAAAAGCUUUCAACUGCA